AUGCCUCGCACCCAACCCUACUACAUUGUCAGCAUCGAAGGCAAACUCUCCGCCACCUUCAUCCCCCGCGUGGUCGGCGUCUUCUCCACUCCUGCCCUAGCCGUCGCCUCUGUCAAAAAGAUUACACCACGUUGUGCGCGAGUACCUAAUAACUCUGAGCCCGGUGUUAUAAGAUGCGUUGGCGACGAUAGCGACAUCAAAAUCGAACUCCAGCACAGCGAUAUAGUUGGCACGUCUAUAACCCCUGCUAACACUGUCUUCCUGGCCAUCGACGAAUGUGGCGACAGUAUCGUCGAAACAAAGAUAUCAGGCACGGCGCAUGAUGCGUGGGCAGCAUGCGAAGCUAUGAAGCGGGAUGUAAACAUGGACAGGCGGAGUUCAACAUAA